GUUAAAUGCUCCUAAAGUAUUAUUACCAUAUUAUAGUUCUGUAAUUACAAAUUUUACAUUACAAGUUGAGUACUCUCCAGAGGAGGCACACAUAGCUAACUGCUAUCGUUGGUAAUCCUUUUUUAAGAUUUUUCAAAACAAAUUUCGAAGUUUUUGCUUCUCUUCACUAGUUUUCAUUUUCCUCAUUUGUACUAAUUCAUUCCAAAGUUUAUUAGAGCACAAUAGCUUAUUAUUCUUUGUUUUUAGUUUGUAUAGUUUCACAAAUUAUUAUAAACUAAAAUCAAACUUAGUAGUCUGUGUAGAGUAGAGUAGUGUAAACUACAUGUCUGCUAACAUGGGGAGGGGAAAGAGAGGUAAUUUGCUAGUUUUUAACUUACAGAGAAAAGAGAAUAGUAACAAAACAUUAAAAUUUAAUGAAAUAUUUUCAGCAGGUAUAUUAAUUUCUAGGCAAACAUAACUUAAUUGUAUCCCUCUAGAUAUGCAGCAAGAAGUAACUACGAAGACCUUCAUUUGCGGCAAAUUUUGCCCCCUUUCCUGGUGUAAUUUCAGCCGGUACAUUAAUUUCACGGCAAACAAUCUAACAAAGUAACUUUAUUGUAUCACUCUAGACUCUAGAAAUGCUGCAAGAAGUGUCAACGAUCUGCAUCAGCUCCCUUCCUUCAAUCUUAAACAUCAUUUGUGCUACAGUUUGCACGCUGUCUUAAAUUUUAAAAUGUGUAAUUGAAUAAUAGUAAUAGGGCUUGUCAUUUAAUGGCGGAAAUCUAUUAAUAGAACUGAUGUCACCAUUACUGAUCAUCCCGGUACUCAGCGCGGACAAAAUGUCAACACUGUUCAGUAUUACUAUGUAGCGAAGUGUCCCUGAAACUUGUUUACAACUCUAUUUUACGAAAUAUUUUACACAUUUUUUUUUACUUCUGUUUUCUCAAAUGCGACUUCAUUGCGUGAACGUCAUAUGUAACAGUAACUCUAGAUACAAGGAUCGCCCGAACGAUAUGCUGAAACACACUGUAAGCUGCCAUGUUCGCUGACCUUCUAAAAUAGUACGCUAUGACGUUUUCCGGUCUUAGAAAUGACAAAGCCUAUUGUAAUAAAUUAAAUGUCAUAAUGAAGAAAAACAAUACAAAAUUUAUUCAAAAUUUAACUUAAUGAAAACAAAACUGACAGUUUCAUAGAAUACACUUUUACACACUUUAGUGCAGGCUCCUCUAAAAAUAAAAAUCUAGAAGAUUAUCAGAAAUACCCAUUUUUCAAAAUGCAGGAAAUUUAACUAUUAUAAUUAAAAACCCAAUGAAAUUAAAGCUUAAAACAUUCUGUAUUAAUGUUAAGAAUAAACAAAAGGGAGAGAAUCCUGAACUGAAACUAGUAGUAGCGUACCGAACCAACAUUAACCUUAGCCAAACGGCAGAGGAUCUUUGGUAAAUACUUUCUGAAUUUUCAAUAGAAGUCCAGAAUCACACUCCAGAAAUAUUUUCAUAUAUAUUGCCUAGAAGACACAUAGUAUUUGAUGACCAAAAUUCUGAAUAUUCGUCACUAAACUCUCAAAGUAGAUUACUUCCAUGUCCAUAAUGAAUUUUCACUGAAAAGUUUUGCUACUACUAGAUCAAUAAGACACGAACAAAUUGUGUCAAUAUAACAAUAAAAGUUACGCUUUAAUAAUAAUUAUACAUUAUACACAAGUAAACGUUUCGGCCACAUGCCUUCCUCUGUACAAACAAACAAAACACAUUUAAAUAAGUAUAAAUUAAAUUAUUGCAGUCCAACACUUUUUAUAAUUUGCUAUUACUACUACUAAUACUAAUAUGAUUUUGAAAAGCAAGAAAAGAGUAAAUUGUUUUAGAAAAAAUUAAUAUUAACUUUGCAAAUGUCAGAAAAAAGCCAUCUCUGUCAAAGUAGAAUCAGACUAUUACAGCUUUUUAAUUUUACAUUGACUAGCAAUUUAUAAACAUAUUGACUAUGAUAGUCUUGACCUCUCCUAUGGUGAUCUAUGGCAGAGACCAGCAACCUUUUUUUUACACUCCUAAGGCCUUUCCAAUAAUACAGCUGCACACCACGAAUAACAAAAUGCAAAAAUAUACUAAAUAAUAUAAUGUAAAUAACAUCUAUUAUGACAAACAUCUAUAAGGACAUGUAAUCCUGAAAGAGAUAAUAUUACUGUCCAGUAACUCUUCAUUAACUGUACGGGUCACAAUUCUGUUGCCACAGAGUUUAACAGCUUGUCAGCAAUUUCCCUUAUUUCUUAUUUUUAUUUAUGUACCUACAUAUACUUUUUGCUUUUCCUCCUCUUGGAGGCAUUUUACCCGGCACAUCUGGCAUCAUCUUGCAGCAGCACACCAAUGUGAUAUCACACACCGGUUGCGGGGAUCUGACCCAUAGCAUCAAAAAAAGUUCAACACUGUGCCAGAUUUGGGAUUGUUAGCAAAGAAUAUAAACGUUCCUCUGUUCAUUGUGUUUGUUUCUGAAAUGAUAAUUUGAUAUUUAUUUUUUUUAAUGUGCACAGGCGCUCUACGUCUCCAGAGAUAGCCCAAGUCCAACUUGUAAAUGCUACUGCUGAUGCUUGUGCUCAAACUGCAAUUGUUUCUGCCAUCUCCAAAACGCCACAUCAAAAAGCAACAGUUAUUUUAGCAGAAAAUAAAGGUAUUCUUUAUUUCUUUUUUCAAUUCCAUUUCUUAAAGUAGAAGAAGGAAGUCCCGCUAUAAUGCAAAGUAAGAUAUAACUCAAUUGUGGCCUGGAUUUUUUAAAAAAAUAUUUUACUUGGGACAUCAAUAAAGUUAUGUUCUCUGCAAAAAAGUAAAUAUUGUAAAAAAAAACAAUAAAUGCGAUUCAGCUAUUAAUAGAAUCCCUUUCUACGGACCCCAAUUAUUGCAUUAUAGCGUAUUUGUACAAUUUUUACUUUUGAAUUAUUUGUUUUCUUAUUCCUUUUUUUUUUUUUAAUUUUUUUUUUUUUUUUUUUUUAAAUUUUAAUGAAAUUCUUUUUUUUUUUUUUUUUUCCCCCCCCCCCCCCCCGUGUUGUUUACAUAAAAUAAUCAUAUUUUCUUUUCCUUUGUUCUUGUUUUUUUUUAAUUGCAAUUUGUAUUUAAAAUAAGUUAUUGGAUUGUAAAGUUUGUUGAUAUCUUUUAUUUUUAUUAGUAACUGGGGAGAUUUUGAGGACAAAUGUUAUAGUUGGAGAAAUUGUGCGACUUGAAAUAGAAACAACCACCAGGCUCCUUUUCUUGGAAGACUCACCAGAAGAACUUAAAGCAAGAGGUUAUGACAGUGAAGGUAUGCUUAAAAUGCCAUGGCUUGAGAAAAUAAUUAAGCUUACCUUUACAGAAACGAUUCUUUUAUUUAAAAUAUCAUGACCAUUUUAAAAAAAAAAAAAAAAAAAGAAACAUUUUUAAUAUGUUUAGUAACUGGAUUAUCAAUGCUAUUGUCAUGAUGUAGUGUGAAUCAUUAGAUGUAGCUAGUAAUUAUGGCUCUAAUAAAGUAUAUCUGCAUUAAGACGUUUCGUUUAAAAUUAAAUUUAUAUUUCAAGAAAUUAUUCUUUAAGGAAACAUCUUCUCAAACUUGGAAGGGCUGUCAUUUGAAUGGAAUCUUAUUUCUGACAAUGAAACUGGAUUUGAUGUUGUCGAUGCUCAUAAUAUUCUCAGGUGGGCACUUCUUUAAAAAGAAAAAUUGUAAACACAUUUGUAAUUUCAUUUGUUUAAAAAAAAAAUAACAUAAUUCAUUAUUUUCUAAAUAGAAUAAUAAUCGUUUCGCUCAAAAUUUUAUUUUUUUUAACAGAAUUAAGAGAUUUUCAGAUUCACAUUAUACCACGCCACGCCACAUCUCACCACUUGAGGAGCAGGGAAAACAAGGAGAUAUGAUUCUUGUUGAGGGUAUUCGCACUGGAAGUGCUAAAGUUUCAGCAAGGCUUAGGGACCCAGCUUAUAAGGUAUUUUAAUGAAUAUGUAUAUUUGUAUAUUUUGCAUUAACUUGAAAAUAACAUGCAUUACCUGCAGCUAUAUGUUGAUAACUAUCUAGUAUUGGGAACUUGUGUUAUAAACUUGAGUGAAUGCCUCACAUUCAGUUGAUUUACUGAAAGCUAUAAUAAAUGACUCUCUAUAUAUGCCAAUAGUUGCACUUGUAUUUACUUAGAAUGUGAAACCCAAUGAUGUCCGGAUUAUGGUUAUUGCCAACCUGAUACUUUCACCUCUUGAAGCUUAUGUACUGACCCAUGGUCAUGUCCAGUACAAGGUUGAGAUCCUUAGGCACAAUUCCUUAAAAGGUAGGUAAACCCAGUUGUAAAUGCCAUCCAAACCUACCAGUUAUUUAUUGAACAUGUAUGUAAUUGAAUUUCUUAUUCAGAAAUCUAAAUAAAUAAAUAACAUUUAACCAUAUCGUAACAACUUCUUCUUCUUCUUUAUUUUAAGGGCCCACGAUCAAUGACUUGAUCAUUCUGGCUCCUAUGUUUCAGAGGGGUUUGCGAUGUUACUGUCCAUGGGUUUCAAUGGGAUACUUCACUGGUUGCAAGGGCGACUCAGCAGUGGUGUUAUGAACUGGGGGUUGGAAUACAGGAGGCAAUAGACACAAAUGUGUCUAGUGUAGCUGCCUCAACUGUUGCUUUUGGAAGCUUGUUCCAGNGGAAGAUGAACGAGUUUCUGUUUGAUUCCGGAGCAGUGCACCAGCCCAUUUGUUAUCUUGUACAACAUGGUGAGCCUGGAUAGUCGUCGUCGUUUUUCCAAUGUCGACCAGCCCAGUGUUUCCAGCAUGCUACCAACACUCAAGGUGCUUCUGUAGCGGUUCAUGACAAAGCGCGCUGCCCGUCGCUGGACCGCCUCCAACCUGUCGAUGCUUUUCUGGGUAAAUGGGUCCCAGACUGUAGAAGCGUACUCUAAAAUAGGUCGGACAAAGGCUUUAUGGGCUUUUUCUUUCACGCUUGAGUUGCCGAUCUUCAGAUUGUGCCUUAGGAACCCCAGGGUCUUGUUUGCCCGGUUGCACACACUGUUAAUGUGCUCGUCCCAGGGGACCUCUCUUUGGAUGGUUACUUAAGAUGUAAAACUGGGAGAAUGCUUUGCAGCCUGACAGACAAGAGUGGGUUAAUUAUUACUUAACAUUUUAAAAAGCUCACACCGCUUAUUAGUCAUAAUUAUGUGUUAUUCUUUCAUAGAGAAUGAAUAGCUACAAAGCCUUGAAUGAAAGCCAUCUCCUUUAACAAGUGUUAAUCAACCCCGACUUUAAUUUUUUUCCAAAAAUACUCUGUUGACCACAAUUUUAUUAAAACAAAAAACAACAAAGGUUCACCAAUUCAAUUUUAAGUAUGUUUUCUCUAUUUCUAGAGAUUGAACUGCCUUCCAAGCAAUACUACCUUGAGGUCAAGGAAAAAGCUAUUUGUUCUUUUGAUAGCCAGUCGUCUACUGCCACUGCUCUUGCCAUGGGAUCCACUGAAAUAGUGUUAAAAGACAGAAGUAUCCUUUUUUUCUAACAUUCUCAUAUUGUGCUUCUUCAAAAUUAAAAAAUGCAGUGUUGUUCUUUUUUGUUGGAAGAUAAAUUCUAUGGAGUUUAUAUUGUAAACAUUCUAAUACAAAUUGAAUUAUUCUUUAGGCACUAGGGAUGAAAGCGCAGGGGUCCUGAAAACAACCAAAUAUGUGGGUUGUAUCCCUUUGUUUUUUUUUCUGCAUGUGGCAGAUUGUUAACUCAGGGGUGAUUCUGCAAAUCUGAAGUGCUGCUUAGUUCAAUUUUUUUAAAAUAAUUGUUAUUACCAUGAACCAUUGAUAGUUUAAACUUAAUAUACUUCUGAAAGCUACAUAAAAAAAAUAUUUAAAUAAUACUAUGGCAUCAAAAGCAUUAGAGUGGUUAAAUAUUUCUGUUAAAAUCUUUGAAGUUAAAAAAUAAAUUUCAUGUAAUGCUGAUAGUUUUUUAAUGUUGAUACCCUAUGAUGCAUUGUGAGAAAAAAAAGUGUUGUUUUUUUUUUUUUUCAAUCUAAAAUAUAACACUUAAAAUUAGACUAAUAAGAUUUUUUCAAUGAGUAUCUUUUAUAAAUGCAUUUGACACUAAAUAACAUUAUUUCAUUUUAAUUAAGACAUUCUUUAGAAACUCAAUUCUAAAAACAAUAGUUGUAUUACGCCUUAAAACUAAUUCUGUGUUAUUUCAUGUUACCUUUUCAUUGAAGUGUUUUCUUUUUUUUUCCUUUAGAUUAAUUUUGUUUUGAGUCAGCUAGUAAGUAAAGAGCAGUCCACCAUUGAUUUCUGGUUAUGAUGAAAGUGCAGGGGUCCUGAAAACAACCAAACAUGUGGGUUGUAUCCCUUUGGCUCACUCUGCAUGUGGCAGAAGCUUCUGCCAAGGGGACGAUUCUGCCUAUCUGAACUGGAAAAUAAACUUUGCUAUAGAUUUAACCUUACGAUGUAUCAAUUUAAAACCAAAAGCAAUCCUUAACCAUCAUCCAGACAUUGUUGCUACUGAGUUUUUUCGCCAACCUUCGGCCAUGAUCCAUGUUGUAUCUCCAGGAUUUUUGGGUAAAGAACGACUUGAAUGUUACAGAUUUUGUUUUUCCAUUAAGGUUUUUAAAUAAGAAUUGCCAUAUCUAACAAAUGUGAAUCUUUAUGUCAAUAAUAUAACCUUUAUAUUUUUUCCAUUAUUUCUCUACAGCUUUUGUAAUUCUGCCCCACAGAAAAUGGACACUAGAAGCUGGGAGAGAAUAUGAAAUAUUUGUUGAAAUAUAUGACACUGACAGUCACAGAAUCUACCCUUCUGAUGUAAGAAUUCAAUUGUCUGUGUUAUUCAUUGUAAUUAGUUUUGUUGCAAAUGUUUAAAAUGGAUAUUACACCUACAUGUUGAAAACAUUUAAUUUUUUGUUUUUAAAGUCUUAAUUUACUCUUUAUAGAAUGUGAGAGUUGUCACUGAGUUUCCCACAGCUUACUUCAAAGUCUUUUACUCAAGUAAGAAUGGUACCUAUCACAGAGUCAAGGCCCUUAUGAAAGGAGAAACUGUUAUUGAUGGAACACUUGUCAGUGUUAUUGAUAAUGUAAGUACUUGUUAAUCCAUGUUUCUGUAACAGAAAUGAUUGUGUCAGUGCAAAACACAUUGGGGGAAAUCACAACACUUUUUGAACGUUAAAUGUAAGAUCUUUUUUCAGCAACUUGAUCCUAAAACUUAUUCAAACAGUUAAAUCAAAGCAUAAAAUUCCCCAUUUUCGGUGUGAUUACUUAUUACACACAUCUACACUUUCUUGGUUGUUUACACACAGCUGCACUGUGUCGGUUGUUACACAAAGCUGCACCGUGUCGGUUAUUACUCGCACUAUAUUUAAAUGGAGAUUAAACCCCCCUUAUUGCUGUGGAUUUGAAAAUUCAUGUUACAUUAUUUUAAUAAAACAGAACCCACCUAAUUUUGUUAGAUUUAGACCAAGUUAAAUAGCUAAUUUUAGCUCUUUAGAGCUCCUUCAACCAAAGAUAUGAACAAACGAUAAAAUCAAAAUAUGUGUUUAUAAAAACACACACGCAACAAAAGUUUUUAAAAAUGCUGGGAAAGCUAAUGACUAAUUUGUUGUUGUUCGUCCGUCGCAUGCGGAGAUGACCAAAGCAAUUUUCAACUUGAGUAGUAGCCUUGACUUGAGUUGUGUUUUGUUUAAAGUGAGGAAAGAGUUGCUCAAUUCACCAGCCUCACUGUUUUGUUCUUUCCUAUUUGAUCCAAUGGCAAGACUUCGUCAAUACAACUGAAAUAGACCAGGAUGCAAUAGGAGACAAGCAGUAAUGUGUGUGUGUUUCAUUGUGUCUUUAUGCAUUCUACGAUGCCAAAGUUUUUGAAAUUUUCAUUGUGUCAUAACACAUAUGGGACUCCAUCUCCAGGUUUAAUUUCAGAGUUUGCCUUCUUUUAGAUCAGUUGUCAUCCAAAGUUGACGAAUGUCAUCCACCUGGAAGGCUGUGGAUGUGUUUGCUUGUCUAGACAUUUUGCCUGGGAUUGAAUUCAAAUCCACUAGCUUUGGAUAGACUAUCCUCAUAUACCUACAAUUGCUUUAUUAGUUCAUUCCUUUCAACACAGCUAACAUCCAUACAUUCAGUUGUGAAUCAUUUUUACACUAAUUCCUUUUUUUCCCUCUUUAAAGUUAAGUUUCCACUCACAUAAAUUCUUCAGUGCUUGAACUUUAUAUGCAGAAUGGUAAGGAAGUGGCUGUGAGUCCUGAAGUCAAACGCAGUCAAGAUGUUGAAAUUUAUGAUCCCAUCAUUGUGACCCCUGAGCUGGUUGUCUUUCCAUGGGAUCCUCUGUCUAGAUGUAUUCACAAGUACACUCUUCAGGUAGAUUUUUUUUUUUUCAUUUGAAUUUUAAGAAACCUUUAAAUGACUUUUAAACACGAACAGCAUUAUAGCCUGAUGUUUUUUUUGUUUGGAAUAAUUCAGAAAUUUUUUAAAAUGAGAAUAAUGAAAAUUGUUGAAUUAGUAUGGUCUUUAUAAGAAAUUUUAAUUACAGAAAUGUCAAUAGCUGAUUAAUUCAAUAGAUCCUGAAUUUCUUAAUUUUCUUAAGUUAAUUUUGAAUUAUUUUUAUUUUUUGCAUAGGCCAGUGGUGGAAGUGGAGAAUAUGUCUGGAGCAUCACCGAUUCAGAUGUGGCGUCAGUAAAUACACAAGGGCAGAUAACCACUGUUGGUCCCGGGAAAGCCAACAUAACUGCAGCAGAUGCUAAAAACUCUGCAUACCUUGAUACCUCUGUGGUAAAUGUUUGGCCAAUUUUCUGUUUUUAGGUCAUUUUUAGCUCAACCGUAUUGUUCUCAAUGCCACAAACCUGUUACUCUAUGUUUUACUAAUAAAAGAAGCUUUUAUUCUCUAGCUCAUUAUAUUUUUAAAAUCUGUUGGAAAUAGAAUUUAUGAAGGCUUACUCUAUAUUAUGACUUUCUCAACUCUCCCAAUUGCUAAGAAUUCAUUGUUUCCCAUUAUUAUCUACAGGUUCAUGUGCUUCCACCAUCAGAAAUGAAUUUCUCACCAUCUAGAGUUGAGGCUUCCAUUGGAACUACCCUACAGUUACCUCUGAAUGUCUUCGCAAAAAUAGAUAGUAUGUUUUUACAUUAAUAGGUACUAUGUUCCAGGGGUGGAUCAACCUAUCGGAAAGAAUUAUUGUGUAACAAAACAAAAGCUUUUGAACAAAGAUACCAAAGUUUUAAUAUUAUUGUUUUUAAAUUAUACAGUAUUUAUAUACUAGCCUUUCAGUCCAACAUAAAGUCAUUUCAAUCUCAUAAUAAUAUGUCAAUCUCCUUGUAUUAAGAAUUGCUGAAGGCAGAGAGGUUAGUCCAAAGAUUGUGCUCUGUAAAUUUGACAAAUGCAGGAAUUGACUCAUAUUACUGUAAUGGGAUUUCCAAGAAUUCAGCUGAUACUAAAUUCAACAGUUCUUCUUCUAUAUAUUAAGGGUCCACGAUCAAUGAUUUUAUAAUUCUGGCUCCUAUGUAUGUAGAGGGAUUUGCAAUGUUUCUAUGCCUGUCUGUGCUGAGGAUGUUUCACUGGUUGCACUAGGGUUUGGAAGGCCUGAGGCAAGAAACACAAAUGCGUCAAGUGUUGUCGCCUCAACUGUUCCUUUUGGGAAGCAUGUUCCAGUUCUUUAUUGUCUUUGGCAGGAAUGAGCAGCUUCGGUUGUUUUACAAAGAUCGUACCUGAACCUGUUUGCCUUGUUGAAUUUAAUAGCUGCUUUUAUUUAUUUGUUUAAGUCUUAAGGUGAAUGGAUAUUUAGGCUAAACUGAUCAAAGAAUUCAGUGAUACUAGAAGCCUGAAUACAAUUAAAAAUACUAGAUAAUGGUCCAAAGAGGAUUUAUUGACUAAAAUCUUUGAAAGUUUCUAUGACUCAAAUGGUGGAUUACUCAUGGUUACAGUUUGAACAUUCUAAAAAAAAAUGUGCAAAAAGCAAAUUCAACUGGGGACAUAUGAUUCAAAGCGAAACUAUUUCAAAAUUAUUAUUUUUAUGUUACAAAAUGAUUUUAACGGUGCAAUCUGUUUGCCAAAUUCCCAACUGACAAUUCUUCUUGGGAUUCAAAGUUGAAGCAAGGGCAGCUCCAUUUCUGGUUGAACUUUAAGACCUUGCAUACAUUUUUUGCAAUUUAAAGAAAGGUCCUAGCCCUGAAAUAUGUCUAGAAGUAAAAAAAAUAACAAAGACAAUUAUGAAAAUAAUGGGGAUACACGCGUUUAUUAAAAAAGAGUAAAGAGCGAAAUGGGUUGGUUCAUAUCGUAUUCACUUUUAUAUCAUUUGCGAUUGUGAUCGUUCGGCUAAGUAAACAUGGAUUGAAUGAUGAUACAAAAAUUGAAAGGAAAGAAAUUAUUUCUGUUUAGAUGCCGAUCGUAUUCAGUAUAAUUUUCUUGUUACAUUUACUCACUUUUCCAAUACCAGUAUCCCAAGUUUUAUACGAAUAAAGUUUCUGGAAAAGGAAAUUUAUAAAAAGUCAAUUGAGAUCAACUUCAUCUGGAAACAAAUUGGAAGUAAUAUGCGGCUGAACUGCGAACGAGACAUAACAGCAAAUUGUAUGACGGACAAAUAAUUUAUGGCCUGGCAAAGCAUAGCAAUAAAUAUGGAUAUAUCCUCAAAUACCUAUGAUUAAGGCUUUGAUAUUAGCCUACAUGUAUCUUUGUAAUCUCUCACUUAAUAUGUGGGUUUUUAUUAUUAUUAAUUUCUCAUUUUAAAGAUUAUAUCUAAAUUUUUUAUAUUAAUAAUUAAAAAAUUAAGUAAGUUUAUUUUGUAUAUAUAUUGGUCUUUAUUUAUACCUAUUAAAACAUUCCCCCCCCCCCCCCCAAAAAAAAAGGUCAACAAAUACCAGGAGAGUAGAUUGAUUCAAUCCCGCGUUCCGCCACUGCUAAGUAUCACAAGAAGUACAUUUUGGGGCUCUAAAAUAAAAACCUUGAUUUAAACUGUUAUAAAAUAUUUGACUUUGCCUAAGUGUUACCCAUAUUUCAUGGAUAAAAUGAUAUGUUCACAAAAAUGUGUCAUCAUUGUUUAACACUUUUUUUUUAAUAUCUACAGAAACUCAGUAUGCUUUCACACACUGCCAUCAGCUCCCCUUGAACAUUACUUUCAGCGAGUUUUCUGUAUUUGAACAAGUUGAUCAAGGUAAUCUUCCAAUCGUCCCAUCACCGGUUUUUAAAUUAUAGAAGAAAAAAAAACUGAUAAAUAUUCUGUCAUUUUUUAAAUUAUUCUAUUUUGACAUCUUGUUUUUUGUUCUUUCCAAUGAAUAUAGAUGAAGAUGCUUCUCUGGGGGCACUUGAGAAAGGCUGUAGGUCAUUUACCUUUCUGGCCAAGCGACAAGGACACACUGAAGUCACUGUGACGUACCAAAGCAAAAAUGUGCUUCUGCAUGCAUCAAUUACAAUAGCUGCCUAUAAUCCUUUGAAGGUGAUACUGAUUGUUUAUUUGUCAAAGUAAUUCACCUGUGAUCAAAUAAUUUACUGUUUACUUCAUGAAUUGAUUGGGGAAAAACUUAAAUUUAAAAUUGUGAAUGAGUAAAAUUGUAAAAUGUCAGAUAUUAAUAUGUAAAUAAUCUUUUGCUGUUAUUGUAUUGAUCUCUAGCCUAUAGACCCAGAGGUAGAAGCUGUUGUGGGACUCGGGUCCUCUAAAGAAGUUCUAUUCACGGGUGGACCUCAACCGUGGGUUUUGGACUCAUCGAAAUUUUUACAAGAAUGUGAGUGUUUGUAUAAAUUGCCAAGGCUUUCAUUUACAGUCUUUGUUCAAAACCUUUUUUUAAUUUGAAAUAAAAUUAGUGCUUCCUUGAUUUUAAAUACAGACUUGCAAUCAGUGUUCAGAUUAUUUUAACUUAACUCUUUCUCUCGGGGUCAACGCUCCCAUCGUCGAUUUUAAAUCAGGUUUCUGGCGGAUCGUCGAUGUACAAAAACCUGUUUAUUUCGGUUCUUUUCUUAGCUAUUGGUUUUUAACUACUUUUAAUAAAAGCUAGAAUGGUUUCCCUUUCAUAAACAUCCGGUUUUUCUUUAUUUCAACGAGUUUUUACAUAGAAAGAAGUGUUUGAAGCGUUUUUUUUUAUUGUCCAUUUUAUUUUGUUUACAAACAUGAAAUCUUGACUUGACCUAUCUGGUGAUCGAUCUAAUAAAGGUUGAAAAUAUUACGCUACUGAAGAUUCAGACAGUGAUUUUUUUAUUUCGGAUGCAGAGGCUGAUUCCGAUGAAUCGUCAUAUAACUAUAAUCCUAGUACUAGUAUUAGUAUUACUAGUGACGAAAUAAUGUUCCUUCUAGAAGUGUUAAUACUGUUCCUAUUAUAAAUAAUGUAGAUUCUAAAAGGAAGCCUGCUAAUCUUAGCACUAAAACUGAGUGCGAUUAACCUUUGAAAAAUUUAGAUGUAAAUUUGGAGCUUGUAUUGUGACUAGCAAAAAAUUUAGAUGUAAAUUUGGAGCUUGUAUUGUGACUAGUAAGUCAAACGACCUUGACUAUUUUUUUUUACUUCGCUAGACACACAUUAUUCACAAGCUUGUACUCUCAAUAAAUGAGUAGGCUUCCUACAUAAUUAAAAUCAACACUCCAAGAAGACUAAUCAAAGCAAACAUGUGCCUAUUAGCUCCUAAAAGGACAAUGUGCAAACACUAACGAACAGGGCGAACUGUACAGGUAUGUUUGUGCUGGAUGUUAGUCAAAUCUGCACAUCCGUAUGGAUUGUUUUCAGGCUUACCAUAGCUAAACCCAGGUGAAAAGAUAUGACAAAUUUUUGGUAAAUUUUCCAUUUACCAUAAUAAAUGUUAGUACAUACAAGGAUACAGUGCAAAUAUUUUCUAAUAGCAGAUUUUUCCAGUGGAAAUAAAUAGUUUUUCUGGCAUUUUUUGUGUGGCGGUGACAAUAGAUAAUGUGAUCUGGUGUUAAUUUUUUAAUGUGAUCUUUAUUAUAUGUGAUGCACAUAUGGAUAUAGUUCAGAAAAAACACAUUUUUGUUACACUUUGGAGUAUAUAUUUCUCUUUGGGUGACUUGGAAUUAGAGUUUUGUGAAGAGUUGGUGAGUUUUUUUUUAUUUAAAAUUUUUAUUUUCCUUACAUCAUAAUCACAUUUAUAUAUUAAAAUUUAAACCCAAGUCUGUAUUAUCUGUAAAGAGCAUGCAUUUCCCUUUAUUUCCAUACCAAACUUAACAUUUUCUGAUGAAAAACAAAAAAGUUGUGAUGGUUUAGAGAUAACAUAGUAGUGUUUAACAAAUAUGCAAAAUAGAUAAUUCCGGCAGAACUCGGAAAUUAAUUCCGGAGAGAAAGAGUUAAGAGCUAAUAUUUGAGAGGGGGGAGGGGGAUAUUUAUUUCCAUUAACGACUUUUUAAAAAAAACUUCCAGUGGUACCGACAAAAGAUGAGUUGUUAAAAGUUGAAAAGGUUUCACCUUUACCAGCCAAUCGUAAGUACUAAAUUUGUAAAUAAUAAGCUCUCUUUUACCCUAAAAUUUAUUUUCUGAUUCUUUUCCAAUGAGUUUAAAAUGAUUAUUGGUAAGUUGGUUAGUUUGAAAGAAUGUUUAUCAAUUGUUUUUGUAAAAAAACAUAUUUUUUGCUCAUGACUUUUAGGAGGAGUUCACGCCUUCACCGUCUUUUGUCGAGAUUUUGGUGAGCAGGUAUGUAAAUAACUGUAUAAGAUUAUCUUUGAAUGAAUCUCUCUUGUCAGAUGUGAAUAAAGAGCCAAUUAAGCUAUUCAAUUCUCAUGCACUAGAGGCUUGUCAAGGCCUAUUUUAUGUAUUAUUUAUUUCAUAUUUCAACUUGGCCAUUUAUUUGAAUGUACAAUUUGAUCCAGAAAAUUCAACUGUCUGUGGGCAAUGGAAAGACUGCCAAAAACCAGUUUCCUGUGACGGAGACAACAUCAAUCAAGUAAUAAAGUUACUUCUCAAUUUUAGUGUUAUUUAAACUCCUGUAUAUAGCAACAUAACGAAACUGGGUAUAAACUGGUUGUCACAGAACGGUUGUUGCGCCGCAGGGCUCGGGUCCUGACUUAUCACAAACUGUAUUGAUUUAGUAUUGGUUAGUACAGGACCGCUCCUCUCUGUGAUCAUAUGUUGAGUGUCUAGGCGUUGGGACAGACAAAAAGCGGAACGUAAACUUUAAUGAAAUCCAAACAACUCAACUCCAAGUGUCCAGAUGAUAUGUUUGUCUCCUGAUGUUAUGGCAAUAACCUAGAAUUACCAUUUCGUGGCGUGCCCAAUCCAAACAUCUGAGGCGUUCUUUGCGUCUGCCAUGUACAAACAGAACACUCUGAAAAUUGUUAACAGCUAACUACUUGCCUAUCCCCAAGGUCUAUUCUUGAUUUACAGCUAUGAAAACUAAUUCUGUCACUUCCAGAAGACUAUCCACAAAUUUAUAACCUUUUCAAACCAAUCAUCAUAUCCCCUUCUUCUCCCCGGAAAUGCGCCUUAGCUCAUUCAAUAUCCAGCUAAUGUGGUACGAUCCUUGGGGAAAACCAAAACAAAACAGCAUCAUUACGCACUAUUGAGCUCUGUCCCGUACCCCCGCCACAGUCAUUUAUGACAUUGGUGAAAUGAACUGCAUGACAAAUGCAUUAAUGUAAGCCUUGCUGUAGCAACUUUGCAAGCUAGAUAUUAAUAUUUUUCAAAUUAUUAAUUUCUUCUACCUUGAGCCAGUGUUUCAUUGAAUAAAAAUAAGUACUCCUUUUCAAUAUUUAUUUUAAGAUAUGGCCCCUAAAAUACACUGGUGGUGUAAUAUUUAUUUUGUUGCUUUUCUUUGUAAAAAAAUCGCUGUGUUAAAUACAUAAAGAAUUGUUUAUUGAGUUUUUUCAUGAAUCGUUUGCUUGACUAAUGCUUAAAUUUUCAUUGCCUUUAUAGAUUUAUCUGUGCCCGGCCUGUUGAACUCCAUCUUCAACCUGUCAUUAAACUAAAUCACCAGUUGCCCCCCUGUCCUGUGCACCAUGAGAACGGCUUACCUGUAAGUGGUGAAAUUUCUCGUUGGUGUUAGAUUCAUAUGAUCCAUUUAAAGAUUUAUGUCUAAUUUAUCACAUCUCUAAAAAAAAAAAAAAAAUAACAGCCAAUCAUUUGUUUUUUUCCCCAGAUACCAGUACAUUAUGGGAGAGACUUGGAUGUGCUUGUGAGCGUAACUGAUUCCAGUGGGCGUCAGUUUCACAACUUCUCAUCACUCAUGAUUCAGUGGACUGUGUCUGCUUCCAACUUGGGAGAAAUAGUUUAUCCCAAAGAGCUGAAGACUCAUGUGGAUACUCAGCAAGAUGGAAGAAAGCUUUUAUCGAGUAUGUCUUUUCUGUUCAACCAGUUAGUGGAAUAAUGUUAAUAAUUCGGUAAUUUUUAAAAAAAAAUUUUAAAUGCACACUUUUUUUUGUGUAAAAAAUCUCUUUUCUACUUCAGUAUUUCAAACUGUGAGGCCAAAUAAGAAAACCGGUGACCUCAUCAUUACAGCGUCCAUUGACAGAUACAAAACUUCAGUUGCCAAGGUCUUUGGAAAACCAACUGUAAGAAUAAACAUAAGCUCAAUUCAUCUUGUUUCCCAUAGAUCAAUUAUUACUAUUUGCACUGACUAGCCCAGAAAAGUAUUGUCAAAUCUCAUAAAUUAAACAAGAUUUAAUUUUUUUAUCUUUUACUUAUAAAGAAUUUAGAAUGAAAACAUGGAUAAAAAUUAUUUCAACACUAAUCAAUUUUCAGGAGCGAAUAUCUCCAGUGAUCAGCAAGUCAUUAGAGUUGUCAUUAGUGGAAGAAGCCGUGCUGACACCUGCUUCUGUGUCAAUCUUUAAUCAUCCCUCCAACAAGGUCAGUUCUUUUAUUUUCUUAUUACUCAAGAACAUUAAUUGUUUCCUCACACUACCUGAUUUUUUAAAGAUGUAUGUUACGUGUUUCGCUGUCUCACUCUCUCUCUCUCUUUUAUCUCUUUCUCUGCACCAGAAACCAAAAAAGAAAUGCUCUAUAUUACAAGUUACUUACAUAUUUUCUCUGUUAUUUUAGGUGACUAUUGGGAUCCAGCAUGGUUCAGGCUACUUCUACCUGGAGCCAUUGCAAUCCCAAGUUUUAACUGCAAAGUACGAUCAAAAAGGAAAAAGCAUUCAGGUGAGAAAUAAAAUGGAGAUACCUAACAAGAAUCUUGGUUAAUUAUUGACAUGUUAUCCCCAUUAGGAGUUAACCCUGUUGUGUUUCGCUAAAAUGUUUGCAGUCUAUUCUAUUUUCUUGCUAAUUAUAGUGUCAUUUAUUUACCAAGUUAAAUGUUUCAAAAAGUGAGUUAUAAGGUUUCCUUUAAAUAGCCUCAUUUGUAAUGGUAAAUGUUAAUGUUUUUUUUCCAUUCUGCAUACCCAAGUAUGAACAGCCAAACUAUGUUCAACAAAUGCGCCAGCAUUUGUUUGGGGUAAUGACUGAUACUUGGUAUUAGUACAUAACACUGUGGAAUCACUAAAUCGUCAUCAUUUUACAAAACGUUGUAAAAAAAUCCCACCAUAUUUCACUUGACAUCCAAGCACCUUGUACUUUAUUGACAUCUUUGUAUGCCAUAAUUCUAGGUUUAGCUCUGUUUCCUGUUAACAUUUUAUUUAUCUCUUAAUGAGCUGUUUCUUUUUCUUUUCAUUUAUCUUUGCUGUUUCACUAGUUGUUCUUUUGUUUGUUGCUCAAGAUGGUGUUAGGCUGAUACUUUCCCUGUGUUUUUGUCUUUUAACAAGCUUUUCCAUGCCAAAAGCUUCAUAUUACUUAAUAUAAUACUGGAUCAGAGUCUCCCCAAUAUUUUUUAGAUGAAUUAUAUAUAGAGAGUAUUUUUCUAUUUUGUUUUUCUAGGUCACCCCUCAUAAGGAUGGCUCACAAUCCUUUACUGUGUAUGACCUUUGCCUUGAUGUAUCCUCUCACCCCAUAGCCUCAAUUUCUGUGUCUGGUGUUGGAAGUGUCCAUAUUAUGGUUAUUGACAAGGUAGGUCUAUUAAAUUUUUUUUUAAACUUUCAGCCAGGUGCUUUAUUGGAUUUGUUAUUUUAAAUCUAUACAAGUUCCUAAUUUGAAAUUAGAAGAUGCAAACAUUGUAGGACAUUUUAUUUUGCCAGCCAUUACUGGCUUAAUGAUGAUAAAUUUUAGGAUCAUCUCUUUGAAGCAUAUUUUUUGUGUUAUAUUUAGAUACUUUCUUAAUAAAUGGAAUCAUAAAAUCAUUACUUAAUACUUAAAUAUAAAUUGCUGGACCAUUCUGUUACAGGUUGAAGUAUUAAAAGAAUUUAAAGCCAAAGUGCAAGUGCUGGAUUUGAGGGGCAAACCCCUUCUUGCAAGUUUUUUCUCACUUAUGGGGCUUAAAUUGGAGGCAGCUUCAGACAUUCUUACGCUCAGGUAAUUUUGAUACUUAGUAUUUCUUUAUGAUUUACCUCAUCACUGUACGUCCUCAUCCAAAUCAUACAAUUGCCUCACAUCUCCUUUGUCAAAAGUUAAUAUGCUCAUAGAAUGUAGAAUUUAAAAAAAUACAGAUCAGCUGCUCCUUCUGUGAGACUUGAUUGCUCAUAAUAAUAGUAAAGGGAUUUGACUUCCUCGUUUUUUUUUUUACUACCAUGGACUCUACUUGGUAUAACAGAGACAUAUCCUUGUUACGCGUCUUUGCAUUUUCAUUUGUUGUUUUUUGUUUUUUAACUGUUUGUAAUUUAAGUAGUGAGGUUUUGAAAACGAAUUUUCUGUUUUAGAAAAGUGAUUUAAUCUAAUUUUAUUUUUAGAAUACAUUCUCCAAGUUAUCCAACUGCUCCUCAAAACACUUUCCAUCUACAAAUAUAAUAUUGCAAGCAACAGUUGACAAAUAAUCAGCUGAAAAAGUAACUCUUUUUUCACUAUUCCAUUUGAUACAAAUCACCAGUUUUGUACCAACCCUUGACCAAUACUUUCAGUAUUCAAAAAUUCCUAAUUUUCAUCCAUAUUUCUAAAUCUAGGCCACAGCACAGUGACUCGGGAGAUAGUGUAACUGGUGUUUACACAGUGAUUGGAACCCACGUUGGCCACACCACUCUUACAGCAAGUGUUAGGCUCCCCACUGGUCAAGUUAUAUACAGCAGCCCUAAGCCCUUGGAGGUUUUCCCGCCUUUGAGAUUAGAACCCAAAAACAUUACCUUGAUCAUUGGGGCAGUUCUUCAGGUAACUAGAUUUUUAUAGUCUGUGAUUUACUGGGGUAAUGUUUAAUUAAUUCAAUAACAUUAUACUUAAAAUGUUUGCAUUACUAUUUAUUUGCAACUGUCCCUACUGAUUUUAACAUUUACUAUUCUAGAUUUAAGCAAAUAAUGUGCCAAUAAAUUUCAAAUCUACCUAUUGGGUUUUAUUGCCUGUUUCCAUAUAGUUCCCAUGCAUUUCUUGUCAAAUAACCAGAAUAUGUAUCAAUUAAUCAGCUAAUGGACUUAUUGUGCAAACAUUUAUAGAAGAAAGACAAAAAUAUGUAUUUCAUCCUUUAACCCUUUACAGUCCGAUGCGCCCGAAAUGCGCCGAUUUUUUCCUUAAGCCUACAGUCCGAUGCGGCCGAACCCGCCCGUUUCGAGGUGUUUACUUUCGUUCUUAGCACAGCGGAAAUCCAUUGCGCAUUACUAUUUAUAGUUCUACCGGAAGAAAGCCUCGUUGUCGGCAUUUAUUUCGAUACUAGUUUGACCGCGGUGUGUUUAGGGGCUGAUUUUCUAUGAUUUUUUUAAAAGUCGCGAUUUUUUCGCUGUAAAAAAUGGCUAUCUAAGCCUUGGAUACACUUUUGAAAGAACUUAGGCCUAAUGAAGCUUCACUAUUUCAUGAGUGGGAGGGUCUCUGAAACUAUUUUUAGGUUUAACUUUUGCUUUAAUCAUUUCUUUGUAUUUAGGUAGUUUUUAUUUUAUUUUGUUGCUUCUAGUUUAUUUUCUGUAAAUUAAUUAGAUAAAGAACCUUCAUUUAAAAUGGAGUUAUGUCCCUUUGCUUGGGCGCUGGGAGUAGACAAGGCUGAAUAGGUUUGGACUGUAAAGGGUUAACAACAAGCUGCAUUGAAUUCUACAUUUAGAAGUGGCCAAUGAAUUAAAUAUAUUGGUAAUUGAAACAAGGGCUCGCCAAAGAAAUCAUGCAGGGCACAAGAGGAGGAAGACAGACAAAAAUAUAGGAAGAUAACAUAAAGAGUGGACGGGUCUAAAACUAGGCGAAGCUGUGCGAAGUGCAGAAGACAAAGAUGAUGGAGGAGGAUGCUUUACAUGUCAUCUGUGGCGCCCCAACGGUCCAAGGACUAAGGGACAUGAUGAUGAUGAUGAAUUGAAAGACAUUGCCCAAAAGCCGUUUUAUAGAGGAAAGCACCAAUUAAAAAAUAUAUAACUGAUUUUUGAAUUUGUUUCUAAUUCCCAGGUGCUUGCAUUUGGAGGACCUCAGCUACAGAGUAAUGUUGAGUUCUCCGUCCAAGACAGUCGUAUUUCAACGGUAACAGGUGGGGGCAUUCUAGACGCCCUAGAUAUUGGAAGCACCAAAGUUAUUGGCAAGUCAGUUGGCACCGAUUCUGUUACAGGAGAGAAAGUCAUCUACUCUCAGGUUGGUGACAGAACUAAUGCUUGCAUGACAAAUUCUUUCACAGGAGUCUUAACUUAAAGUUUCUCUGCACCCUUUGUGUUUGGUCUGAUGGUAGAAUUCUUAAUGUCUGAAUUGGGGGGGGGGGGGGGGUUUACAAACUUGAUGUGAUUUUUGUGUAAGAUAGAAGUUACAUUUAUGAAACAAAUUUAUAAAAAAAGUUACACAAGUGUCAGGAAUUUGUAAUGAAUUAGCCUUAGUAAAAAAAUCUAGGUUCCUUUUUCUUAACUUCACUUACCAGAUUUGUAUGCUUUCAAUAGGAUGAUGCUGUUGUGAAUGUUGUCAUUUUAAGGGGCAUUAGGAUACAUGCUCCUUUGACCAGACUUCAAGCGGGAACACAGGUUAGAAGAAAGCAAAACUUACACAGUUUGAUCAGAUUUGUUUAAAAAAGUCAAUCAUAAAUUAAAUCAUUAAAUUGCAAUGGCAUUUGUUAUGUACCUCAAUUAGUUUUUAAAAAUUUGAUCCUUGUUUUAAAAUGGCUCGUUAACCAAACAGUACAUAACAAACUGACAAUGCCAUUAAUUAAAUAUAAUAAAGAAAGAAUGAUGUCCCAACUAGUGCUAAUCUACAAGCAAUUUAUUUAUACUAUUAAUUUAGAUAUAAGUAUAGAAAAUCUAAAAUAAAAGUUCUUCAAACUUACAGCAUGUGACUACGUAUAAUAAUAAAAUAAAAAUAUGAAUCCACACACACAAUGAAAUUCUUGUAGGUCUCAUAGUCUUGUAUCUCUCAUAACUCUUGUAUCUCCAACGUCUGGUACAACUUAUUUAUAGUUUAGGACAGAGGCGUUUCUAGAAUCAUGUUAUGUUUAGGAGGGCAAGUGAGAAUUAUCCAUCCCUAUUUAGAACCCUUUAGUCAGUUCAAGAGAAGCAGCGGUUGAAUGAUGACCAUCCCAACAAGGACAAUUUAAUAGGUUUUGGCGUUUUUAAAAAAAAGGGUGAAUUGAGGAUGAUGACUUAAGCUGUUUUAGCCUGCAUGCUCACAGUGCUCUAAUGUCCUCAAAUGUAUUAAAAGAAAAAAGUCUUUAAAUGUUUCUUAAAUAACUCUAUGGUACAACUCCAUGUUUAGCCAAAAUUGGGUCAUUAAAGUCUACACACACGACUUGGCUGUAACACAUUAAGGAAAUGUUACUUCAAUAUUGUUGGAAUCUUAAACCAUUGAUUAUUCCCCAGACAUUUGAAAUGCAGGGGUUAUUUGUAUUUAUACAUAGAUGUGUGCUCAAAUCACAAGUUAAUGUACAAGUCAGGAAUAUCUUGGAUGGUUUAAACUUUAUAUGAGUGUUACAUUUUAGCAACAACACUAUUAUAUGCCAGGAAUCUCACCUUUCUGCUAUCUUUGUUUUGGCUCCUGCUCUUAGAGACGAAAAAAUUUCUUGCCAAUAAAUCAUAGUGGAUCUUUUUAAAAAAGCUUUGGGAAGGCCCCGUCUAAAAUGGCUGCUUUUAAUAUUUAAAAAAAAAGAGCAAGAGAAAUGUAAUCCUGGCCAAUGUAUCUUUUAAGUUUAAGUAAAAUCAUUUCUUCUCCAAUAGAUGCCUGUGUAUGCUAUGGGCUUGACCGACCAUGAAACACCAUUUGCUUUCGCCAACUCUAUUCCACCUCUGAUUUUUACUUGGUCAGCAAACAGCAGGGAUGUGUUACUGCUGCAGUCAGUAUACCAUAAGGUGAGAUGAGAAUAUUAUUUUUUUUUUAAAUGACAAAGUUUGGCAUAUUUUUGAAAAUCCUAUCAUAGUUAAACUAAAAAUAGCUGAAUAAGCUUUAAGAUAAGAAAAAGAAAACAUAAUGUUUUUGGACAUAAUAUUACAGGAUGUGCAAACAAUUAUUUUAAAACUUAUAAAAAUAAUUUUUUAAAGCAAUUUAGGGGGAAAAUGUAAACCUAACUUGCAAUGGAAAAUGUUUUGUUUCUGUCACCCUUUAGAGUGGAAUUCAUACACCCCAAGAAAACAACUUUGCGCAACAAGCUUUUGCCAGAGAGACAGGUUUUGCCAACAUUAAGCUCAAAGUUCAAACAACACCUCAAAGUAGACUGCAGCUUCAUGGAGACUUAUUUCAGGAUGAAGUCCAAAUCCAUGUUUGUGUUUUUAGCUAUCCAAAUAAAUAGAUAUAACAUUGAAUUAGAAGUCAAGUAUAUAAUGCUGGAUGUUUACUAAUAACAAAUUAUUGACCAGCAUCUUUAGGAACUAAAUUUGUUAUGAAAAAAACUAGCAGGACUUGCCAUUGAACUGAUGUAAUUCGUAAUUAAAUUUUUGAUUAUUUCUCAACGCUUGUGUUUCCAGGUAUUUGAAAAAUUGGCAUUGUUGAACCCAACAGUGUGUCAUGAUCAAAUUAGGAUCACACCUAACACUGAUACCUUCUUCAAGACGAAUAGGUGCGUAUGGGACACUGAAUUAAGUUUGUACAUAUCUUACUUCAUUUAAUAACUAAUAGGCAUGUAUUGAACUCUGAAUUUGUUUAAACUAAAUCAUGUCUUCUUAUGACUAGUAAGUGUUUUAUGAAUAUAUAGCAAAAAUUCAUUUCCUCUAAUAUAAAACUGAAACUCUCUCUUUACUGAUUUUUCAAACACAUGCAUAUCUCAUUAAUUAACAGAGAUGUUGCUGCAAGAGUAAGGUAUUUUAUCAUGGAAGACAGUUACGAGACGCCUGUAGUUCGUAUAUUGGACAACGGCCAUUUGAGAUCAGGACCUAUUCCUGGAAAUGCUUUGCUGCAUGUAGUAGCUGAGGAGGAGUUCGGCAUUAACCAGACACUUGUUAUUUUGUUAAAGGUGAGUGUACAAAUUAUUAAACUGUAAAAAUCACUGCUCUCAUACAUUGCAUUAUCUGCACAUGACGCUAGAUAACUGCUGCGGCUUUGUGAAAUUCUUCACUAGUUUUAUGUAUAUUUGAAAAACUGCUGGAAAUUCAUACUUCCUGAAUAUAAGUAGAAUGGGUGAUACUGAGCACAGCCCUAAAAAAAAUGUAUUUCAAAUGUGCAGGUAAAGCCAGUUUCCUACUUGAUGAUAAACUCUGAUACAGCCAUCCUGACGGCAUUGCCCAACCAGCUCCAUGCUGUGCCCAUAGGAGCCACCCUGCAGUUUUCUGUCCGCUACCAUGAUGAUGUUGGAGAUCAGUUCUACGCCACCAACAUUCAGCUGGGCAUUCGUUGUAGCAGGUUGGUAAAAUUUUUAGAUGCGUGUGAUGUUGACGGAAGUUCAAGAAGCUGCGUAUGUGCAUGUGGAAUGCUGUGGAACACUAUUUGAAGCUCUUGGUCUUUGGUAGUUAGAAGCUCUAGAACUGUUUGUCAUAUAAAUUUUUAUUAAUUAUUGCUGCCAUAACACUAAUAAAAGUUGGCAACAUUAGGAAUAUUGAGGCCUCAAAGUAAUGUUCAAAUCUUUUCUAAUUACCAGAUAUGAUUUGCUUCAUGUGUCGAAUGGUGCAGAUAACAACACCUUGGUUGUACGUGCAGGAGAGAUUGGUAACACUGUACUCAAGGUAAGAGUAUAUGGAUAUAUAAGGGCUUCCAACCCCGGGUUCAUGAUACCCUCGCUGAGUAGCAUUGGAAACCAGUAAAAUAUCCUCUUCAACACCAGGCACAGAAAUAUUGCAAAUUCCAUCUGCAUCCAUAGGAGCCAGAAUGAUCGAUAAAUUGAUCGUGGGCCCUUAAUAUAUAGAAGAAGAACUGAGAUUUGUCAGUGUGUGUGCUACAUUAAGCUAAUCUACAGGUUCUCACACUGUGUUACAGGAAAUUUCAAAACAGAUGUUUUUAACACUUAUUUCAUUCAAUAUAGCUACCUUAUAACAUUCGUGUAGACAAUUGUAGUCAGUUCAAGUUUUCUGCAUAGCGUUAUAGUUUCCUUGAAUAUGGCAAGCAUUCCUAUGGAAAAACAGGAUUUGGUUUAAAAAAUCUGCUGGAACUCUUCUGAUGUGGAAUUUAAAAUGUCACUCACUGUGGUUCCUUUUCAGUUUUAACCUCCAUUUGUUCCUAGCUAUUUCUAGAAGAAUUAAUUUUUAACACUUCUUUAUAUCAAAGAAUGGCGAGAAACAUAUUAAAUUUUUCCAUAUAACAUAAAGUUAGCUGAGCAUUUAGAAGCUUGAUACCAUUCAAGUGCUGAAAGAAUAAAGUCGUUUGUGUAAGGUUGGAGAUAUAUAUUCUAAGAAAUUAAAAAAUUAUUGAAAGCCUACUUUAUGCAAAUGUGUUGGAAGUUUGGGAAUUGCAUGGUUGUAAUAUGUGUGUGGGGGGGUGGGGGGGAGGGCUUGAAAGUAAAAAAAUGCUUGCUGAACACAUCAAGUCCUACAGCAAAUUAGUUUAAUUUUUGUAAUUCUAAUGGUAUAUUCAUUUGUUAUGCCAAAGACUUAAGAAAUGACAAAUUUUGAAGAACUUAAAAUUCCAGUUACUGAAAUCCAUUUCAACCCAUUUAAUUUUUUCUGUAGGUCUGGGAUAAACACAAGCCAUCUAUGGCUGAUUAUGUCAAUAUUCCUGUUGGGCAUGCUAUUUCACCAGCACAGGCAACCAUCAUACUUGGAUCCAUUGUUUGCUUCAGUUCACACAUCAUCACAGAGUCAGGUAGGUCACAGCGCAGCGGUGUUUUCACCCUUUUAUUUGACCUUACAACACAUGAAAUGCUAGAAACUGAAAUUCUGUGAUAAACGGUGUCCAAUUAAACUAUGAUGAUAGAUUAGAAGGGUUGUAGGUUCCAAUCUUACUUUCUCAAUAAUCUUUUUCUUUCAUUGAUUUAGUCUGAUUUAUAUAGAUAGACAUCUAUCAAAUGUGCAAUGACAUCUGUGAACCUAAAGAAAACUCAUGAAUUGAGAAGUGUUGAGCGUACCAGAUGAUAGUUCCAUUCUUUUUUUUCAUCAUCUGUUUAUAAUUCAAUAAUAUGGAAAUGGUACCAAGGUUAUAGAAUAAUCUGUGGUUUAACUUUCUGAAAAGUGGGACAUUUUUCUUCAAAUUUUGAAGUCAUGAGGUUUUUGUUGUUUUUUUUUUUUGUUGGUUUUUUUAAAUUUUUUUUUUUUUUUUUUUUUUUUUUUUUUUUUUUUUUUUUUUUUUUUUUUUUUUUUUUUUUUUUUUUUUUUUUUUUUUUUUUUUUUUUUUUUUUUUUUUUUUUUUUUUUUUUUUUUUUGGUUGUUUUUUUUUUGUUGUUUCUUUUGCAACUUCUCUAGUGCAGUUGUUUUUUUAACUGUUUACAUCUGCGGACCAGUGAACAUAGGAAAAAUAAUUGGGGUAUGUCCAAUUAAAAUGUAAUCUCAUAACCAAUUUUUUAAUUCUCUCCCCUUAUUGUCACACAGCUUUAAAAAAAAAAAGAGCCUUUCAAAAAGAUGCCAUUAAAUUUUUGACCUGACAACAUAUUUUCAUGUUUUCAAUCCCUAACGAAUUGUUGUAGUCGGGCUGAAUAUGAUAAACUACCAAAACCUUUAUAAUAUAAUUCUUAACUUUGAAAACUCCAAGUUGUAUUAAAUUUUUCCCAAACAAAUGACACAAAUGUACAGAUACACUGGCAAAUUUUGAUGCCUCAAAUGUUACAUUUGACCUGCGGAUUCCCAAGGUUGCACCAGUUUUCCCCUAUCAGCUAUAGCUUUAUAGAUAUUGAAAAUAUGUCAUUUUAAAACAUGAAGCAUUAUGGUAAUUAUUUAAACAAAAGUGUGGUGUUCUGGUAGUGUUCGUUGCUGCAUCCAUAUACUGGCAUCUGUGCAACGGUUGGGGAAUGGUGUUGCUAGUCUAACAGCUCCUAGCAGAUGCCAGGGCAGCCUUGAAGCUUUCGACUGAUUUAGAGUUCACAGUGGCAUUGUCCAGGUGGUUCCAAGCUAUUGUACAUGGAAAGAAAGAUUGUUUAUACUGCAAUGUGUUGCACCGAGGCACAGUGAAGCAUUUGCUAUUGUUUUGGUUGUAAUUGUUUAUGGGGUUGUCAGUGGGCUCUGAUCAAUCGACCCGGCUUCUGUUGGGGUGAGGUACGUGCCUGCUGGGAUGGCCGGCACCAGUCCCAUGACCACUUUAUAUAUGAAUAUCAGGCGGAGUCCCUCUCGUCUGUCUUUAAGGGAGGGGGGUGUCAAAUCUUUUUAAGAGGCCAGUGACGAAGCCAGGAGUGGUGGAUUUGUAGUCACGUGCGAUAAAAUGCACCGCGUUACUUUGAAUUCGUUCCAUCUUGUCCACUUCUUGCUUAAGGUGUGGGUCCCAAAUGAUCGCACCAUAUUCUAAUAGUGGACGGACGAUUGCGAGAUAGACAUUUCGUUUGCAGGAGGUUGGGCAGUGGCGCAGAUUUCUUCUAAUGAAACCUAGGGUGGAGUUGGCUUUUUUAUAUUUUUUUUAUGGGGUGAUCACUUUAGGUUAUUUGAGAAGAGAAUUCCAAGGUAUGGAUUAUUUGAUACUUGUUGGAGAAUUGUCUCGUUUAGUGAGUACAUAUAGGUUGAUUGUUUUUUUUCUUGAUAUGCUCAUUGUGUAGCAUUUGGUUUCAUUAAAUUUCAUGCCCCAUUUGUCCACCCAAUUCAUAAGGCACUUCAAAUCCGUUUGGAGGUGGUUGUGGUCAUCGUAGCCGUUUAUCUCUCUGUAGACAAGACAGUCAUCUGCAAACAGACUCACUUGAGAUUUUUUGGUGUGUGAAAAUGUAAUUAUUUUAUAACAAAAGAGCAGACUUUCUGGAGCCAUUGUAUCAUAAAUAUACACAAAUGCAGCUCCUUUCAUAAGACUUCAUAAGAUAUGUUCUUGCAAGACAAUCUCAAAUAAGAUUCCAAUAAAAAAUCUCCAUCAUGUGUGCAUUUCAUCAACCUUGUUAUCUGGCUGCCAUAUCUGGUGAACUCUUUCAUUUCACUCUUCGCAUAAGGACCAAGUGACUGCAAUAUAGUUUUUUCACAACAAGAAUAAAUAGAGGAUUAGAUAAAGGAAAGAGGAUUACAUUUUAUUUAUUGUUUUUUUUUUUAAACGAUGGUCAUUUAUGCAUUUUCUAAUUUGCUGACCAUCAAAAUUCCAGCUUUCAGUUCUUUUGAGAAGUUGAUAUUCGAUGUGCAUUGAAUGCUUUAUUCAAAGGAUCUGCAAACAGUUUUAUCAGGGAGACCUAGUUUUAUAUUUAUUUGCAGUAGACUUAUUUUUAUCUUAUUUUAUUGGUACUAAAGCUUAAUUGUUUACAUUUUUCCUCCUACCACUGUAUUUCCCUGAAAGGACAAUCUUUGCAUGCCAAAUUUUCAUGCUGUCUCUACUAUCCUGUAAUAAAUGGAAAGCUAGGAUACCCCUGUAGCCACUCUGUAAACUGGGAGAAAACAAUUGUUUUUUAAGUUUAGACAAAUCACCCAAAGAUGAGGUUAUUUAAAAUAACAAUUUAUCUUUUCAAAGACUAAAGAGAUGGCAUGUAUUUUCUUCAUCCUGGUGAUUGACCGUUUGGGAAAAGAACCAGAUUUGUUGCCAUUUAUUUUAAAAAAACAUUUCAAACUACGAUUUGACUGUGGAGGAAAAGACGGCACACACUUGACUUACAAUGUGAUAAACAAAAUGUGCUCUUUAGGUUUCUGAUGUCUCACACAAUACUAAGUUCUUGUCUUUAAUUUUUCUUUUAAUGGUAGCAUAUACUUUUAUCCCCUUUGAUGAAAUGUAGCCUUAAGUUUGUUUCAGUCUGAAGCACAUUAUUUUCCAUAAUGUACAAUAUGCUGAGUCCAUGUUUAUCUUGAUCUCCAAUCUUGGCACCAAAUAACCCUAUCAUAUUAUGUUCUUUCUUUAAACUCGUACAGAUUUCCUACAUCUUGUAAAUAGAAUGUAUAUGCUGCUGUUUUUUAACAGAUCAGCCUGGGAGCUUUAGAAAGGAACAUUUAUGCAGUCUAAUAAGAUGAUGAUUUGACAUCUAACUACUUUGCACAUGAUUAGUUAAUAAAGCAGAACAAUGUCAAAAUGUCAAUGUGUAUUAUAAAAAGUAAUUCUUUCUGCACACUCAAAAUGUUGGUCAUAUAAAUUCAUUUAUUUUACAUUUAAAUUAAACAAAUUAAUGAUGUACUGAUUUAGCAAAAUUGACCUUAUAGGGCUUAAAUAGAUGAUGAUAAGUUUUUAUACAUUGAAUGUUAUCUUAAAAACUAGAGCUGUAAUGAUAAAUCCUAUGCAGUUUUUUUUAAAUCAGUGCAACAAAUAACACUAGGAACCGACUUAAAACUCAAGGUACCAAGAAAAGGGUAUUUUUCAUGUCUUUUAUUAUAGUAAAACAAUUUUAAUAAUACAUUUAUAUUAAAAAUAUAAUUUUUUUAGCAUUUUAUUUUCACUCUUUUUUUAAAUAUUCAAGUUUCCUUUAACAAUAACAGUCAUUCCUUUAUUUACCAACCCUUUUUUUUUUCCUAAUACUUUCAGGUUUUUCUGGUUCAUGGUUGUCAAAAUCAGUUUCUCUAGACAUUGAAGAGAACUCUGGGAUAAGUAUUGCCAAGUCUGUAGGACGUGCCAUGGUGACCUUUGCAUUUUCUCCUCUGACAUCAACUAAAACUGAGGUGGGGGAAAUCUCUAACAAAACUUUUUAAACAUAUUUGAAUUAAGACCUUACUGUUAGGGAGCUUUGUAAUGAAACCCCAGAGGAAAUCUGAAGGUUGAUUGCCAAGUGUCCAUUUCAUGAGAGCAUUAACAUCUUGAGCUGGUUUCUCAAGGAACGGCAAUAGAAACCAGUUAGUUUCAUCUUAUUUCAGAUGAAGCCAUAGAAACCAGUUAGUUUCAUCUUAUUUCAGAUGAAGCCAUAGAAACCAGUUAGUUUCAUCUUAUUUCAGAUGAAGCCAUAGAAACCAGUUAGUUUCAUCUUAUUUCAGAUGAAGCCAUAGAAACCAGUUAGUCUCAUCUUAUUUCAGAUGAAGCCAUAGAAACCAGUUAGUUUCAUCUUAUUUCAGAUGAAGCCAAAUGAUCAUAGGAAUUAGUGCUGACGUUAGAUUUUGUUUAAAAAAGUUUUAAAAAAUAAUAUUUCAAACUUGUUUUAAUUGACUAAAUCACAUAGUUACAAAUAAAAAUAGAAGAUUGAUGGGUUAAAAAUAAAAUGUUGAGUACUGAUACUAAGUAAAAUAAAUUCUUUGCAUGUUUUUCUUCAUUACUUUAUUAAUGUUUGUUUCGGGCGACAAAUGCUGUUAACUGAAACGUUAGCUGUUUUGUUGUGUUCUGUAAAAUUUCACAGUAUUUCCUGCAUUUUUACCUGAGUCUUUUAUUGCCAUGCAAGCUUAGUUCCUAAUAAUAAGAAUCAACCCAAUGUGGACAUGUUCAAAAUCAUGUUCCUUAGAAUUCAAGUACUUAAAUUUGUUCCAUUCCCCAUUGGGUACAGCUAUCAUCAAAGUUGAGAGAUUAUGAAUAUUUUAAAUAAGAGUAUGAUCAAUUUUUUUUUUUUGUGGUUUAAUUAAUAGAGCACUGUAAUUACCUUUUGUGAUUCUGAAAUUUUGCAAAAAGUAUAAUUCAUAUUUAAAUUUUUUACUUUGUAUUUUUAGGUGAUGAUUGAACCCAUUAAGUUUAUCACUAUAGACAGAGGACUUGGCUAUCUCACCAACUCAGCAGUGAAAGGAAAAAAUCCUUUCUUUCAGAUUUCAUUUAGUGAUGGUGGAAAUGUUGUUGGUAAGAGUCGUAAUAAAAUUUUGCUGUCUUCAGAAAUGAAGAUUGAAUGUUUUAUGUGGACUAAGUUUUUAAUUAUAUUGGUAAGGAUGCCACACUACACAGACUGAGCUCAUUUCGUUUACCUCUGUUGUCACAGAACAGCUAUUAUUGAAGAAGGUUUUUCAUGUCUGUGAUUAUCUAUGCUUUAUUUUCCAGGCUCACGAAACAAUAUACUUUUCUCUAUUUCCCACUAUUUUGUGAGACUCUGGCAGGCAAAACGAGUCUGCAUUUUGUUGUCCUCUUAUGCUAUCAUUAUGGGAAAGGGACAUGAUUCUGUUUCUAUUUCUCAGCCAUGAUGAUCAUUGCGUUUCUCUAAAAGCUUCAAACAACCACCGCCAUGUAGAUUGCAGUCACUUUUUACAUUUUGAAAAAUAUUGUUCUCAUUAACUAAAUCUUGAUUAUAUAUGUUUCUUAUAAUUUCUUUUUCAAGGACCAAACUGCAGUUCGGUCAUUGCAAGAACCAAGUUUUCUCCAUCAUUUAUUCCUUACCUGUGCCAUCUUGAGUUCACGAACAGAAAUCAGGAUCUUAGCAUACAAGAUCUUUUCGAUGUCAAACCUCAUUUUGACUCGGAGAAAGGUAAUACUGUCAUAAUAUCUUAAAUAGAAAGUUAAUUUUUUAUGGCAUUCAAGCCUUAUUAACACUGUCCGGGGUGAAUUCUAGCAAGAAAAUAUUUACACACUUUUAACUGCUACUGAUAAGCCAAUAUGGGUAUCCUUUAAAACUUAGCGGCAAUACCUCUCCACAAUUGUAGGACUUCACGGCUGUCAAGUUCUUCUGGCUCCAUCAGAACACCCUGUCCAACAGGUGGCCACAUUUGAAACUGGUGUCGUAUUGAGUGCCCGUGUUCCAGCAUCGCCUGGUCAAGCGGAGGUUGAAUCCACUCCCGUCUCUCUCAGUUUCAUUCCAGCAUUUCAUGUGCAAAACUCGGAGCUCCACCUGACCACAGCAUCGCGUCAAGGCUUUAUCCGAGUUGUGUCAACAGCUAAUGUGAUUCCUGACAUUGAGGUAUGUCCUGAACAAGAGCAAGUUAUUAUUUCCUCCUGCUUUUAAGCACUGUAAAUAAAAGCAUAAUUAAAUUAGGAUAAUUUAGCAAAGCAAGCCUGCCAUAACCCACUAGGAAUAAGAUUGAGUCAUGAGAACAAAUCUUUGUAAUUGCUGUUCAGACAUUUCCGAUAAUUAAUUAAUAAAAUUAAUUCAUAUUAUCAGUAUCUAAAUUCGGUUGCUGAAAUUAGUUUUUGCUUUGCUGUGACAAAAAGCUCUAACAUUGAAUUUUACUCCUAACUUCAGAUUAACGUCAGUGACCACAUUCUUCUCCAAGCACUUACCCCGGUGAAAGACUCAAGUUCUAGCAAUAUUAUUCAGUUCCCAGUACAGCUAAUUGACUCCCUGACAUUAUGGGAUAGAGAACAGCUUGACCUCUCUAUAGAUGUCUCACACAAACUGACAGGCCAUAAAGUUCAAAUUCCAGUAUUUGUCAAGCUCAUCGGACAGAAACCAUCGAUACCUCGUAAGUAUUUUUACCAACUUUUUAUUUACUUCAAGUGUUUUUGAAAUGGGUUUUAUAACUCUUUGAUCUCAUUUAUCUGCUUAUGCUGAAAUGCUACAGAACUGAAAUUUGGUACAUGACUCUGAAUGACCUUUUAAUUUUUCUAAAUCUGAAGGAUGCUACAUUUCUAAUUCUGAAAUAUGUUUAGUUAUAGUUACGAACUGGUAGUAAAAACAAAAUGGAGUUAUCAAAGCAAUGACUAGGAUGCUAAUCAAGUCAUAACUUCUGUCACAAUUGAACAUUGGCCUGUUUGCACAUCACAGUAGGAUAUUACAAGUUUGCAAGCUUGCAGGUUAAUAUCAAUACAAGAAAGUAGGCAAUUAAGCUCAAGACAAUUUCUGUCAAUUUGAGAUUAUAGGGGAUAAUGUUAAAUGUCAUAACUAUUUUGUUUGAUUUAAAGGUGAUAACUCAAAUUAUACAAAUGUUGUUUUCACUCUAAGAUAACCGCCAAGCGCUGAGCUGGUCCACACUCAUAAAUUCUACCGUUAGCAAUUACCAGUCUUGGUUCGUCAUCUGUUUAAUAGUACUACUUACAGCAGCGACUGUCCUUGGGGGUGAGGCCAAUUGUUUUUAUUGCAUCAUUAUAUUAUGUUCUUAAUAAAAUGAAUUCAUCUUUUAAAAUCUUUUACUAAGUUUAACAGUGACUAUUAAUUGAUUCAUUAACCAGGUCACUUUCAACUCAUUCCCUGCGGUUGCGACUAAAUAUGACCUUAGGAGGGUUCCUACUGAUGUGUCCCGUUAAGUCCUGACCCAUCUCUAUUAUUCUUAUUCAAAAAUAGCAAUGAAAUAAUGUGUCCUCAAGACAACUGGGGUAAAGGCGUGAUUUCUAUUUUAAAAACGUUUUUUUUAUCUUCUUUCAAUCUAGGUGUUCUUUUGUAAGGUUCUUUCAUCUCUUUGUCGGAGGUGCUAAAAAUAGAUAUAUUUUUUUUUUGGUUAUUUAUUUUUUUGCCGUUUAAUUUAUAUUUGUAUAUUACUUAAGCCUAAUUCAUUUCCGUUCCGGAAAGUUGAACAGCAAAGGGAAUGAGUUAAUUUAUUGAUUUAGUUGUGACUAUCAUUUAUUAUUUAGCUGCCAAUGGUAUACAUAAAUUUGUAAAGAUAGAUAAUGACACCAAUAUUAAAUUUAUGAUGAGACAAAGUAAAUUAAUUUCUAAUUUGCAACAGUGAUCUUGCUAAUGACUAAAAUAUUUAAAAUGUACAAUUUUUCAGGUUAUCAUGCAUUUAUCGCACCCCGCUACAAGGUUUCAUCCAAUCCAAAUGUAUUCAUUAACCG